CGCCCCCUAUCAAAACUGUCAUUCUGUUUGGAGUGCUCAGCGACGGCCAUAAUUAAACAAAAGAGUUUUUCUUCAAAAUGAGGGACAUUUGACUUUUUGCUCGAACUUUGGUUGUGAUUGUGUUGAACGUAUUCACAGAUGAGCGCUAAAUCGGACGUAAACAGACGUGUCUUGGCCAUACAGGCCAAAAAGAAGCGGCACAAGCCUGGUAAAAAGAAAGGUAGAAACGAUAUGAACGGUCACGGCGGCGAAAAUAGAAUUCAUUCGAAAAACGAACCGUCUCACAGUUCCAGCAAUGAAACUAUAGAAGAUCCAGAUGAACCUUAUACUAGUGAAGAGGAAGAACAGGAAGAUAGCACAGAUUACCGCAAGGGAGGUUACCAUCCUGUCAAGAUUGGGGACUUAUUUCUUGGAAGAUACCAUGUCACUCGAAAAUUAGGUUGGGGCCAUUUCUCUACAGUGUGGUUGUGCUGGGAUUUGGAAGAGAAACGAUUUGUAGCUUUAAAAAUUGUUAAGUCAGCCGAACACUUCACAGAGACAGCUCUGGAUGAGAUUAAAAUUUUGAAAGCAGUUCGAGAUUCAGAUCCUAUGGAUCCCAAAAGAAACAAAACUGUUCAGCUGCUGAAUGAUUUCAAAAUAAGUGGAAUAAAUGGCGUGCAUGUGUGCAUGGUUUUUGAAGUUUUAGGCCACCAUUUGUUGAAAUUAAUAAUUAAGUCUAACUAUCAUGGCAUCCCUCUAAGUAAUGUAAGGACCAUAAUGAGGCAGGUCUUGGAAGGUCUGGAUUAUUUGCACACUAAAUGCAAUAUUAUUCACACUGAUAUCAAACCAGAAAAUGUAUUGGUUUGUGUGUCAGAAGAGUAUAUUAGAAGAUUAGCAUGUGAAGCAGCUGAAAUGCACCAAUUAGGAUUAAAAUUACCAACUUCGUUAAUAAGCACAGCCCCACCUCAAGACAUGAUGCCUGUGAAAAUGAGCAAAAACAAGAAGAAAAAACUGAAAAAGAAAGCAAAAAGACAAAAUGAGUUGCUGAAAAAGCAAAUGGAACAGAUAAUUGAAAUUGAGGAAAAGAAAAAAGUUGUGGAAAAUGGAGAUGUUAACGGAGAUACUGAUUGCAAUGGAGCAAAUUCCAGUCCUGAUAAUCCUGAGGAAAUGUCAGAAAAACUUUCAAAUGGCUGCAUGGAUGAACUCGGUGGAGGUGAAGUUGUUAUUCCUUGUGAAGAUGUGUCAGUUGUUUUUAUGUCAGAAGAUGAUUCGCCUUCUUUGACAUCCCACUCAAAAAGCGAAAAGUUGGAGCUGGACCCUGCAUUUGUAGAAUGCGACUUCGAAGUAAAAAUUGCCGAUUUAGGAAAUGCUUGUUGGGUGGAGAGACAUUUUACAGAAGACAUCCAAACUCGACAAUACCGAUCCUUAGAGGUUCUGUUGGGAGCGGGGUACAACACCUCUGCAGAUAUUUGGAGCACUGCCUGCAUGGCAUUUGAACUGGCUACUGGAGAUUAUUUAUUUGAGCCUCAUUCUGGGGAAGAUUAUUGCCGGGAUGAAGAUCAUUUAGCACAUAUAAUUGAGUUGCUUGGUAACAUUCCCAGAAGAAUCGCUCAAAGUGGAACAAACUCGAAAUUGUUUUUCAACAAGAAGAAUGAACUUCGACACAUUACCGGUCUCAAACCUUGGGGUCUCGAAGAUGUACUAACUGAAAAAUAUGACUGGAGUCGACAAGAUGCAAUGGAGUUUGCUGCAUUUCUCAAGCCAAUGCUCGAUUUUGAUCCAAACAGGCGCGCAACUGCCGCGAGUUGCUUGAAGCAUCCAUGGCUGAAUAAAAAGUGAGUUAGGUGACUGAUUACAUGAAAUUGCUUUUGUUAAAAAUAAAUAUCUAGUGCAUUUUAGUCCAAUAUUUUUUUUAUGUCAAAAUGCAUUCAACAACCAUUUACUGUUAUUUAUUUCAUCCGGUUGAACAGGGCCUUUUUCUUUCUGUGUAUAUAGAGAUUUGUAAUAGAUGAAAAUUGUGAUGUAUGUGUUUUGUAAUAGACAAUAUAAAUGUCCCUGUAGGCUGUUUUGAUGAAUUUAUGAUUUAGUAAUUUAAUUUCUUAGGUGAAAAAACUAUCCAAAAAUAGCUCUGCAAAAAACUUAUUUUCUUUUGCAAAUUGUUAAUUAAUAUAGAUGAAUACGUUUUUAUUUUGAUUAAGCUUAAAGCAUUACGAAAUUUGGUGGGAUUCUGUAUUAACUAUAACAGAAGAACUACAGAGUCUUGAAAUUAGAUCUCAAAAUCACAAUAUUAUAUGACCUAUACAUAUAUAGGUAUCAUUAAAAAAAUAGUUAUGCACGGUAGCUUAGAAGCGUAGAAGGGACUAGUUAUUACUAAAAACUGUUAUCUCUAUUUUAGAGUGUAAACAGGUCUUCAAAAUAUUUAGUUUGGGACAAGUACGCUUUAGCAGAACCGCCAAAUUAAGUUGUGCUUCUGCAAAUAAAUAAAUGAGAUUUUUGGAUAGUUUUUCAUUAAUCAAUAUUUAUUCAUAGCCUGGGGGAUAAACUUAAGUAGAAUUUAGAAAACUACCCCAAAUAGGGUGUUAUCGACUCGACAUGCAGAUUCGGUAUUUCCGUUUAUAGUUCCUAUCAUGUUUGCAAGGCAAAAGUUGUAGUAGAAGUGAAUAUUAUGCAAACUAAGAAAAAUAUAAAGGAGUUAUUCUAGCCAUAAUAGAUUGAGGGAAUUAUAGAAAAUGGAAACCUGUUGCGAUAUAUAUCAACCAGUCAGUUCCACAAAAUAGAAGCACCAACGUCAUACAUUUGUAUUUAAAAUACUUUAACUGAUAUAUACAGAUAUAUACAUUACAUUGUACAUUGAAUCUCGUAAAGUAUACAAUGAAUUCAUUGUUGUUAGUUUUAUUGGAGCUGCACCCACAAUGACAAGUAG